GACGUGGCGAAGCGAUUAGCAAACGCUCGACCACUGGCAUACGGCAUACGGCAUACGGCCGAAACUUUGAAAUUCCGAUAGUCUGUGUUUUUCUGCAUCUCUCUCAGGCCAAAACAUAGUUGAUAACUUGAAACCUAAAUCCCUUCCUCCAUCCGAUCGAUCGGAGUAAGUUCCUAUGUAAAGCUUACUCUCUUGUUCCUGGGAAAAUCCUAAAUGAUGAAGAAGAUGAAGGAUGGUCCUAUGGGUAUAUAUUAGGAUUUUAAAAAGAAGAAAGAAACGAUGGGUACAGGACGCCGAGCCCGGGGACUGGUAAUAAAGACGCUGCUACUGAUAGGAGGCGCGCUUUUGCUGAAGAGACUGACCAAGUCUACCACUCGCUGGGACCAUGCUCGCAUCGUUGCUCACUCUCUUUCCGGACAAAAGUUCUCAAUGGAGCAAGCAUCCAGAGAUCCUGAUAAUUACUUCAAUUUCAGAAUGCUUACAUGCCCAGCGGCACAGAUGGUAGAUGGGUCAAAGGCUUUAUAUUUUGAGCAAGCAUUCUGGAGGACUCCUCAGAAGCCUUUUCGGCAGAGAUUUUACAUGGUCAAGCCCUGUCCCAAAGAUUUGAAAUGUGAUGUUGAGGUAAGUUCAUAUGCCAUUAGAGAUGUGGAGGAAUACAAGAACUUCUGUGAUCGCCCAAAGGACCAGCGGCCACAGCCUGAAGAAGUUCUUGGGGACAUUGCAGAGCAUUUAACGACAGUAUACCUUAAAACCUGUGAGCGUGGAAAACGCUGUUUAUAUGAAGGUUCAACUCCACCUGGCGGGUUUCCCAAUUCAUGGAAUGGUGCAACCUACUGCACUUCAGAACUUGCAAUCUUGAAGAAUAAUGAGAUGCAUACCUGGGACAGGGGCUAUGAUGAAGAUGGAAAUCAAGUUUGGGGAGCGAAGGAAGGUCCUUACGAGUUCAAGCCAGUGCCUGCCUCUAUUUCUAAUGACAUGUUUUCUCCUUUAAAUUUCCAUACUCAGCAAUCAAUGGAGAAACGAAUAGAGGGUUCACUUGUUCUACAAGACUGACCACUUGUUACGUAUAGCCAUCAUCAUUCGUCGGCUCUUUUCAAGUACUUUUUCACCAUAAAGUUCUCUCUUUUUAAAUAUCUCUUCUGGUGGGAUAUUCACCAAUAUAGGCAUGCGGUAAGCAUGGUCUGUGACUGAAUGAAAAUUGCAAAUGUGUCGCGAGAGAAAUUCUAGAUUGUGGUUAAAUUUGUAGGAAACACAUCCAUAUUUUGGUACAUUAGUUCUACUAUUAUUCAGUCUGUAAUGUCUUCCUCAUCACUGCAUUUGAUUAUAAGCUUAUGUUAGUUAUAAGUUA